GUGAUCGCGGGGCACCCUGGAACGGUCAGAGCACCAGCGUGCAACGCUAAUGACACGACGGCGCGCAUGGUUUUGGUGAACACGCUCCGUCUCGCGUGUGAGGGAGGCGUCCGGACAUAAACAGAAGAUAUCCACUUUAAAACCGUUUAAAUACCACAAUUGGUUCACUUCUGACAUAAUGAAGACAAGGGAGUUGAAAAUGAUCAACCAGCACAUGGAGAAUGAGAUGGAAGUGUUGGGAUACCGGCCAUGUCUGUGGAAGAUGGUCUUGGUUGGCAUUGGCGCUGUGUGCUCUGGUGGUCUUCUGCUGUUGCUGCUUUACUGGCUCCCUGAAUGGGGUGUCAAGGGAACGUGCACGCACACUUCUUUGAGAGACGCGCACACGCUGCUGCUCAGGUCAACGGAUGGGUUCAGGCAGUGGUUUCGGGCCAAGGUACAUGUAAUGCAGGCCCCAGGGAAAAGGCCCUUUGACAGCAUGGAUGUGCAACCCAAAACUCAGCUGUCUAAUGGAAGCAGGGAACACUAUGGAGUAUUCACUCAUAUGCAUCCUUUUCAGAUCCACUACUUCAACCACCAUAGUACUAGAUAUUACUGGAAUGAUGAGAUGCAGAACUUUGAAUUGUAUAAAGGCUUAGAGGAUGUAAAGGUCAGCUGUGCUGGAAUCCACUCUGACCAUAGCUCUGGUCUAAGCAAACUACUGCAGGACUUCAGGAGGUUGUUUUUUCAGGAGAAUGAGAUUUCUGUGAAAGUGCCUUCUUUAUUCAAGCUCCUUUUAAAAGAGGUCUUGAAUCCUUUCUACAUCUUCCAGUUCUUCAGUGUUAUUCUGUGGAGUGCUGAUGACUACUACUACUAUGCUGCAGCCAUAGUUUUCAUGUCUGUUAUAUCAAUAGUUACCUCACUGUACACUGUUAAAAAGCAAUAUGUGAUGCUUCAUGACAUGGUGGCAGCCCACAGUGUGAUCCGUGUUUCUGUAUGCAGAGGGAAAAAAGAUGUCGAACAAGCCAUGUCCACAGAGCUUGUUCCUGGAGAUGUCAUCAUUGUUCCAACCAAUGGGAUGAUUAUGCCCUGCGAUGCCGUGCUGGUGCAUGGUACCUGCAUUGUAAAUGAGAGCAUGCUUACAGGAGAAAGUGUGCCUGUUAUGAAGACUAGUCUUCCCAGCUCAGGUGCUGAGGGGGCUAGUAUCUACAACAUCGAGGAUCACAAGAGACACACCCUGUUUUGUGGUACUCAUGUCAUCCAGACCCGUUUCUACACUGGGGAACUGGUCAAGGCUGUGGUGGUCAGAACUGGCUUCAGCACUGAGAAGGGCCAACUAGUGUGCUCCAUCCUCUAUCCUAAACCCACUGACUUCAAGCUGUACCGCGAUGCCUAUCUGUUCCUACUUUGUCUGGUGGGGGUGGCGGGGAUCGGCUUCAUCUACACCAUCGUGCUAAGCGUCAUGAAUCAGGUUCCAGCCAAAAUCAUCAUCAUUGAAUCUCUGGACAUCAUUACCAUCACUGUGCCCCCGGCCUUACCGGCAGCCAUGACAGCCGGCAUUGUCUACGCUCAGCGCCGUCUGAGGCGUGUGGGCAUCUUUUGCAUUAGCCCACAGAGGAUCAACAUUUGUGGACAGCUCAAUCUGAUCUGCUUUGACAAGACUGGAACUCUCACCAAGGAUGGUCUAGACCUGUGGAGUAUUCAGAGAGUUGAAGAUGGCAGCUUUUGUCCCCCAGAGGUUGAGGCAGCUAAAGAAACUCUGGUUAACACUGCAUUUGUAGCCUGCAUGGCCACCUGCCACUCACUAACCAAGAUAGAAGGAGAGCUCUCUGGAGAUCCUCUAGACCUCAAGAUGUUCAGUGCUACCAGAUGGAUCCUAGAGGAGCCCACGGAGGAGGAAACCGCACUCCAUAAUCCCAUCAUGCCCACAGUUGUCCGACCACCCAAGCUCAUCCACUCUGAGGCCAACCAAAACAUUGCACUCACCCAAAAUAUGGAGCUUUCUGAGCUGUCUCCAUACGAGAUUGGUGUGGUGCGUCAGUUCCCCUUCUCCUCGGCCCUGCAGAGGAUGAGUGUGGUGGUUAGGAGGCUGGGGGAGAAACACAUGGACGCCUACCUCAAGGGGGCACCAGAGGUUGUGGCCAGCCUCUGCAAAGAGGAUACGGUCCCAGAGAGUUUCGCUGAGACUCUGGAGACCUACACUAAACAGGGCUUUAGGGUGAUUGCUCUUGCACAUCGACAGCUUGAGUCCAAACUCUCAUGGCACAAAGUCCAGAGCCUUAAUAGGGAUCUGAUAGAAGCCAGCAUGAGCUUCCUUGGUCUAAUCAUCAUGCAGAACAAGCUGAAAGAAGAGACUGCUGGUGUUUUACAGGAUUUACGACAAGCAAACAUCCGCACUCUGAUGGUUACAGGUGACAAUAUGUUGACAGCUAUAUCAGUGGCGAGAGACUGUGAGAUGAUACGUCCACAUGAGCAGGUUAUCAUAGUCGAUGCCAUACCUCCCAAAGACAGCCAGCCUGCCAGCAUCACUUGGCAAUACAGCGAGAACACAGCUCAGAACACCAACAAUGAAACUCAGGCAGUGGCGAUCAAGUUAGAGGAAGCAGUCUAUGAUGAGCUGCCAGCUCACCAGGACCAGAGCUACCACUUUGCUAUGAGCGGCAAGGCCUUCGCUGUCAUCAUCGAACAUUUUCCCCAACUGGUUCCAAAGCUGGCGUUGAGAGCCACUGUAUUUGCCCGCAUGGCUCCAGACCAGAAGACUCAGUUGGUGGAAGUCUUGCAGAGUGUUGACUACAUUGUUGGAAUGUGUGGUGAUGGUGCUAAUGACUGUGGAGCUCUGAAGAGAGCUCACAGUGGGAUUUCUCUGUCUGAGAUCGAGGCUUCUGUUGCUUCACCCUUCACUUCCUCAACCUCAAACAUCUCCUGUGUCCCGAACCUUAUCAGGGAGGGUCGAGCUGCUCUCAUGACCUCCUUCUGUGUUUUCAAGUUUAUGGCUCUCUACAGCGUCAUCCAGUACCUCAGCGUCACCCUGCUAUACUCUAUCCUCAGCAAUUUGGGAGUCUUCCAGUUCCUCUUCAUUGACAUUGUCAUCAUUCUCAUAAUCGCCUUCACAAUGGGUCUCAACCCGGCGUGGAAGGAGCUGGUGUGGUGUCGUCCGCCAUCCAGCCUGAUCUCUGGCCCGCUGCUCUUCUCAGUUCUGACCCAGAUCCUCACUUGCAUGACAUUUCAAGUACUGGCUUUCCUCUUGGUACAGCAGCAGAGCUGGUAUGAGAUAUGGACACCACAAUCGGAUGCCUGCAAUGUCUCCAGUGCCAGCCUCGCCUACAGCAUCAAUGUGACGUCCCCCCAUGACCACAAAAACAUCAGAAACUAUGAAAACACCACACUCUUCUAUGUCUCGGCUUUCCAGUACCUGAUAGUGGCCAUUGUCUUCUCCAAGGGAAAGCCCUUCAGACAACCAAGCUACAAAAACUGGCCAUUCAUGCUGUCCUGCAUGGGUUUGUAUACCUUCCUCUUCCUCAUCAUGCUGUAUCCUAUUCCUGCCAUUGACAACUUUCUGGAGAUCGUCUGUGUUCCCCACAGCUGGCGCAUUACACUGGCCAUCAUUGUCGUAGUGAAUGCGACUGUAUCUUUCAUACUGGAGUUUGCCAACAACCGCAAGGGCUCAGCCUUCCUGUCUUGGCUAUUCUGCCAAAAAAACAAAGGCCCUAGUGCACGCUACAUGCAUCUGGCCAAGGAGCUGCAGGAGGACCCCGACUGGCCCCCUGGACCCUCCACCGUCACCUAUGCUGCCCAGCCCACACCCACCUCUCUGUCCCCAUAUGACAUCAGUCCAGACAAGGCAUCUAUGGAGCUUCACAGGGCCACAGAAUUGUACAUUUUAACCCUGUGUAGGAUUUGUUUUCUUGAUGUCAAACAAAGCUGAGAUCCCUGGCCAAAUGCCUAAACAAGCUUUGGCCUUAAGUCAAGCCCCGGCUCUUGACUAUACAUUGACUUUUCUCCGACCCUGUGGAAGCCAACACCACACGGACCAAGGCAGGGCAAAUGCACAAACUGCUCUUCAUUGUGAACUACUUAUAGUUUCCCACUCUUUAAUGACAAAUAUCCAUGCUAGGUUACCUGUGCAUUUCACAGACAGCAAGGAUUGGGUCAUCAGCUCGGAAAGCACAAACUAUGGCGGCACGGUGGCCCAGUGGUUAGCGCUGUCGCCUCACAGCAAGAAGGUCCUGGGUUCAAACCCCGGGGUUGUCCAAUCUUUGGGGUCAUCCCAGGUCGUCCUCUGUGUGGAGUUUGCAUGUUCUCGCCGUUUCUACGGUGGUUUUUCUCUGGGUACUCUGGUUUCCCCCAUCAUCAAAAAAACAUGCAUGUUAGGGUUUCUACUCCCGUCUGUGCCCCUGGCUGAGGCAAUGGGAAAAGGACUGGAGUUGGUCCCCGGGUGCUGCGCAAAGGUGGCAGCCCACUGCUCCUAGCUUCACAGAUCCCCAAGGGGAUUAAUAAAGGAGAUUUAAUUAAAAAUUAUUCAACUACAGCCAACAUUUGCAUUAACAACUGGGUCUUACCAAUGUUGUCAUAUGACACCACUGACACUCUACUCACUCACUAAACUUGUUAUUUUUAAGUCAUCAUUGACUUCUCAUGCAAAUUGUUUAUAAGAAACUUACUCUUUGCUUUUAGUAGACACAUACUCUUAAGUGCCAUAGAUUGUAUCCACCCCCCCCCCCAAAUGGUGCAGUUGUACAAGAACAAUAUAGGUUGUUGCUAUCUGAGCCAAUACCAGUAGAAUAAGUUAUCGUGCUAGGGAACAGUUAAAUAUUUCAAUGUGUUUUAGACAGUUUUACUGUGACCAGGGGACACACACAUGAACACAUCACAUUCCGGGUAAUAUCUCUGUCUGAAAUGUAUUCAGGUACAGCUUUGCAAGCCAGUAAAGAACAAUUUUAAGGGCCAGAAGACACAAGCAACUGAUUGAAUAUCACUGAGAAUAACGCAUUCCUUGGGUGCCCCGGUUACUCACCUGGUAGAGCGCGGACCACAUAAGGCUGAGUCCUUACUGCAGUGGCCUGGGGUUCGAAUCCAGCCUGGGCCCUUUGCUGCAUGUCAUCCCCUCUCUCUCCCCUGCCUUUCCUGUCUCUCUGCUAUCACUAUCAAGUAAAGACAGACGAUGCCAAAAAAAACCAACAAAACUUCUGCAAUAACAUGCUGCUGCAAACAAAUAGGAGCCAAGGAAAUUUUUUGUUCAGGUUCAUAUGACCUGAGUGAAGCUAUUAUCAAUCAACAUGAAAGCUUUGUAUUUUUCUUUUAACGCAACUGGUACUGUUGUAUUUCCAAGAGAGAGAAACCAUUCCAUUCUAAUGCUGUAUUCCUCUGUUAGAAUUGACACAGCUUUCUAAGUGAAGUUCUUCCUGUGGAAGAGACAUUUUUCUUGUGAUCUUUAUAAUAUUAACACUGGUGCCGAAAUAUACUAGUUUGUGUGUCGGUGUGUGGAAGUGUGUGUGCGUCUGAGCGAACGAGGGCGAACUAAUGAGACAUUUCACUUCGUGUAUGUAAUUAUGGAUGCAUUAUACAAAAGUUAUGAUCUCUCAUCAAAAUGUGUAUUUCUCUAUGAACUAAACACUUGGAUUGAUCCCUAAGCUAAAUCACACCAUUUAACAUCAUUAAGCGAUCGCACAUGACCUCCUGUAUAUUGCUGCUUUUUAUUAAAGGGAGUCAUCUUAAAACAUUAAAAAAGAUUCACAGAUUCACCUUCUACUGUCCGUGAUUUAGGGCAGUUGAUUAAACGUCUGAUUUUUAUAUCCAGUUUUUAUAGUACCUUGUUUAUACUGAUUUAUUUACAUGUUCCUCCCUAUGCAUAUGAAACUGAAUAAAUGUGAGCGCAUGAAAACGUGUCUGUUGAAUUCGAGUUAAACAGCCCAACACAAACGAUGUUAUAAUCCCAAGGGAAUACUUUGUGGGAACGACGCAGUCUUCUUCUUGUCUCAUUUUACAUCAUGUAAGAAAGAUAAAUAAAACAAAC